AUGUUUGUCGUGUUUUCUAUGUUGGUCACUCUUCUCGGCUCGGCGCACGGACAUGGUUACCUUAAGGACCCUCCAAACAGGAGCAGUAUGUGGAGAUUUGGGUUCCAAACACCAAAAAACUACGAUGAUAAUCAACUAUUUUGUGGUGGAUUAGGGAAACAGAAAUAUCUUGGUGGAAAGUGUGGAUUAUGUGGUGAUGCAUACGACCAGCCAGCGCCAAGGGAUAACGAAGCUGGGGGAAAAUACGCCAAGGGAAUAAUCACAAAACAUUACACACAGGAUUCCACCAUCGAUAUCACUGUCCUCAUUACCACCAAUCAUCUUGGCUAUUUUGAAUUCCGUCUCUGUGAAAACAAUGAUGUCACAAAAACGAUUACAAAGGACUGUCUGAAACACCUGUUGGUAAACCCCAAUACGGGAGAGACACGUCACUAUAUCGGAUCAGUGAAAGGGGACAUUGUCACUAGAGUUCAACUCCCUCAAGGUGUCACGUGUUCACAGUGCAUUUUGCAGUGGCGGUAUCAUACAGAAAAUCGUUGGGGAACAAACGAGACCGGCCACGACUGUCUCGGUUGUGGACCACAGGAAGAAUUCUAUGGCUGUUCAGACAUCGCUAUAACAGGGGACGGUAAUACAGUAGCCACAACGACACUGACAACCAUUUUGAAAUCGUCAUCUGCAGCAACAACCACAGCAGCCGCAGCAACAACCACGGCCGCAGCAGUAACAACCACAGAAGCCGCAGCAACAACCACAGCCAAACAACAAACAACAACCCCUAAAAAUAAGUUGUCCUGUAAGGCUAUCUCGGCUCCUGCGGAUGACAAUUACUGUAACAGUAACUGUAAUACGGCCCCAUAUCACUGUCCGCCCGAAUUCUGUCUCUGUAACGGAACUGUUCCCACCGCCAAGGGACGUUUCAUCAAACUAUUACUAACUGGUUUGAUUGUGGACUAA